UCGCCCGCGACGCACGUUUUGAGAUAUUAUAGCUCUAAUCCAGAAUGCAAGGAGAAAAGAACAGGAGUGCGAAUCAAACGUCUCUACCAUGAGGGCCUGUUCUUACGGAAUUUUUGUAUUGGCUGUUAUCCAUACAUUGAUACACGGCGCGUUCGCUUCCUAUCCAAGACGCAUUCCUUGUAUGAAUGAAACGACUGCGUUCCCAAACACACUUAAAACAUCGUUUGAUGUCGAAGAAAACUUAAUUUCAUUCGAUUGGCCAACCGACCUGGAAUAUGAUGUAUACAACAAAUCUCAACUGAAAUUUUACAGUGCUGGUCCUGAAGAAUGCCUCGAUGAAAAUAAAAUAGAGCAAUUUGCGCCCCCAAUAAAAUUCGAUAUAAGCCCGUGUCGAAAAUCUCUUGAAUGCAGCAGCAUUAAAGAAACUUUUAGGGUUCCAUACCAGAUUUGGGAUAUUAAACCUUUAAUUAAAGUAUGCCUGGAAUUCCCAUCCCCAGUAAAACAAAGAAGCAUAUGUUCAAGUUGUUUCAAAGAUGAGAGAAAAAAAUAUUCAAUCUCUGCGAACGGGAAAGAAUUCAGACGAGAACGGGAUCAAAGAAUAUAUGGAAACUUUAACGUGGAUAUCGAACCCAAACUGAGGCCUCCACUCAAGGUCUAUGUACAGAUGAUAGACGAAGCACAUCACAAUAAUGCAUUUACCUUUGAUAAAAAUGAGUCCAUUAGCUGGGACAUAAUAGCAGUGCAAGAGGAAGACGGAAACUCUCAAAUUUCAAUGAAUGGACCAUGCGAGUUGGAUAAUUCUGCCCACGACAUUUCCAAUGUUCGCUGUAGAUUUGGAAAAGCUUCAAUUCUAGGAAAACAAGUUGGAUUCAAGGUUUUAAUUUUUGAUGAGGAAUGCACCAUUCCUUAUAUGAUCAUUUACGGCGCUGUCUUUGAAUUCAAGGUAAAGAAUUGCAGCGAAAAUUGCAUUGAAGAGGAAACAGUGCUUAAAGCCACCAAACCAAACGAGUACACUCUUAAACUGGUCAUUCCUUUGAGCGUUUUGGCAUCAAUUUCAUUAUUAGGCAUCAUGGUAAAGAAAAGGUCAUCUAUAAGGAGAAAUCUCAGAUGCGACAAAAAUGCUUAUCAAGUAUCAGAAACUCCUCGUUCACCGAUGAGCAAUUGGAAUGGAAGCAGAAUGAAUCUUAAGUUGGUGCUGAUUUAUUUAAAAAAGUCUGAGCAGUUCAUGGAGGCUGUCAACGAACUGAAAAAACUCCUCUGCUCGCAAUUUCCCACAAGUGAAGUCAUUGAUAUAUUUGACGAGGACUACGAAAAGGAAUUCAACAUCCACGGAUUGCAUUUUAUCGCAAGGCUAACUCGAGAGGAAUAUGCGAAUUCCAACGUCAAGAUUAUUUUGAUCCACAGCGACGAAACUGUUCAUCUCCUGCACAAGCGCGGCAACCUGGUUGAACGGGAGGAAAACGAGAAGCUGAUUCAUUUCGUGAACAAGGAUCUGAUGGAAAACCCGUGCCAGUUGAAAUACAACAAAGUGUACAACGUGUGCCUCGAAAAGUUCCCUCUCACCCACCCAAACCAGAGGCUUUAUUUCAACAAUCUGACUCUCUAUCACUUCCCGAAACACUCUGAAUUGCUCUGCAGAGAUCUUUGCAAAUGUUGCAGUGUUACCAACGUAUGAAAUUUCUGGAAGUUGGAGAGUAAAGUGACGAUAAUUUUUACAGGCGUGUGAAAAUUUUUCCACAGACAGUUAAGCAUUUACGUUCUUGAAGCUAGUAUUACAGUUUUUAUUUUCAAUUUUCUUUAUUUUACUCUUACUUACUAUUAAACAUUUUUAUAGUAUUUAUAUUAGUGUAUGGUUAGUUUAUAUAAGUGUCAUAAUCUCCAGACAAGGCAUUUGUAUUUUUACAUUUAUAUGACGAAUUUUAAUUUAACACUCAAUAAAACUUAGUCACUAUAAUUUUUUAUUCGUGUUUUA